UCUCUUUCAGUUGACGCAGCAGAACUUCCGCUUUCCUACUUCCGUACACAAACGCUCUGCUGAUGACGUGUACACUCCACCACCGUUAGCUAGCUAGCUAGCUAGCUAGCUUAGCCACCUGUCAGAAUUAAGGAGUUAUAAAUAAAGUAACGCUACAACGCAAGAGGAAAUAGCGCUUCAACCAAUCACGGAAGAUGGAGACGCUUUACCAUCAGACAAACAAGCAAAUCCAGGAGGUGCAGUCUCUUAUGGGACAUCUGGAGAAAACGGAUCGUCAGUCAGUACACUUGUUAGAGAAUGAACUGCAGGCUAGAAUCGACCAGAUCUUCAAUCAUUUAGAACGCCUCGAGAUCCUGGCAAGCAAGGAACCACCGAACCGCCGCCAGAAUGCCAAAUUGCGAGUGGACCAGCUUAAGUAUGAUAUCCAACACCUUCGAACCGCACUGCAAAAUUUCCAGUACCGAAGCUACGCCAGAGAGGCCCAGGAGAGAGAGAGGGAGGAACUAAUGAGCCGUACCUUCACGACCAACGACGCAGAUACCUCCAUCCCCAUAGAUGAGACCCUACAGUUGAACUCCAACUUGCACAACGCACACAGAGGCAUGGAUGACCUCCUGGGCAGCGGCAGUAGCAUUCUCAAUGGCCUGAGAGAUCAAAGAUCUACACUAAAGGGGACCCAUAAGAAGAUGCUGGAUGUGGCCAACAUGUUGGGGCUGUCUAACACAGUGAUGAGACUGAUAGAAAGGCGAGCAACCCAAGAUAAGUUCAUCAUGAUUGGAGGCAUGCUGUUGACCUGCAUCUUCAUCUUCCUGGUAAUCAGAUACCUGGGCUGACCACCAUCAUCUGUCCACAACGUUGUGAUCAGUCGUGGACCUUUUCUGCAGCACGUUGUCCCUCAUGAUGUGAAAAGAGGAAGAAUAGAAUUUUUAACAUCCGAUUUGAAUAUAUUUUUAAUAAAUUGUGCCAAUAUAGUUUUUUCCCCCCACCAUUUCAAUUAUUUUGAGCAUCUGCAAAAUGGUGAGGUUGAAGACCUUAAUUACAUUCAGUAUUUUAUUCCACUUGAAGCUACAAUAGAGCAUUGAACUGCAUCAUAGGUCUGCUGCUUUCCUCAGAUGACUAAAACAAAUCCAUAAUAGUCUUUUUUUUUUAUCAAAACCACUUCAUCACUCUUGUGACUACCCAAAUGGCUUUUUCAAAAAUACUGAUCGUUAUACUCAACUUGCUCUUGCCUCCAGUGAAAAGGUAUUCGUUUUGUUCCUGUUAUUCUGCCUAGUUGGUUCUUAGAUAGAAAUGUAAGGUUUCAUUACAGUGCAACUCAAGAAAACACCCUGAGGAAUGUUUGGUUUUGUGUUGAUCAUGUACAUAACAGCAACAUGCAUCAGUUAUGAAAGACAAUGGAAGUAGCAAUUAACUUAUUAAAAAAAAAAGAAAUGUUCCCAUAUAAGCGUGGGUCUAGUGUCACUAUGUGAGUGAUUGAGUUCCAAUAAUAUAAUGAAACAUGUUUCAUUUCCUUUGUA